AUGUCCCUGGCGGACGACAGCACUUUCUUCACACAGGCAACCGACUGCACAACUCUAGACUGUGGCGUGAAAGCUGGUCUUUCUGCUACGAACCUGACAAUGUCGAUAUGUAACGUUCCUCAGGCUAGCCAAGCUCUUAUUUCUCCCGUAUUGGCUGGGGUUCUUGGAAUGCUAGCUCUGAUCAUGGUAUCACUGCGUUUGAUUCAGCGGACAGUCUUCAAUCGACUAUUUGGACUUGAUGACGGAUUGAUCGUCGCAGCUCUUAUAUGCGCCGCUCCAUUGAACUGCACAAUGUUCCCAAUGCAAAAAUUCGGACUCGGCACGAACAUAUGGACAAUCCCAUUUGAGCAUAUUACAAAAGAAUUAGAGUUGCUCUACGUGGCCGAAGUGUGCUACAUGGCUGCCGAGGCUCUAACACAACUGUCAUUCCUCGCCUUCUACUUGCGCAUUUUCCCAAUACCUCGAUUCCAAUUGAUCUGCUACUGCCUAAUGGGCCUUUCGAUCUGCUUUGGUAUCUCCAACACAUUUGUCAUGAUCUUCCAAUGCACCCCUGUUCCGUAUUUCUGGUCAGGAUGGACGGGUGAAUUUGAGGGAACGUGUAUCAAUAUCAAUGGGUACUCAUGGUACAAAGCGGCGGUUCAGAUUGCGAUGGAUCUAGGGAUUAUCACUCUUCCAAUUUGGCCUUUGCUUCACACAGCGAUGAGCACGAAAAGGAAGGUUCAAAUCACUUUGAUGUUCUGUACCGGCUUUCUAAUUACUGUCGUCAGUUGUCUAAGACUUCGAUCUCUCGUCGUAUUCUCAAAGUCUUCCAACACAACUUAUGCAAAUACUCCCGCUAUAUACUGGAGUGUUGUUGAAUGUGACGUGGCAAUCAUUUGCGCGUGCAUGCCCGCUCUCCCCUCCCUGCUGAAGCACCUCUUCCCCUCGAUCUUCGGCCAACCGUCAUCAUACCACAACGAUAACAAGUCACCACAGUAUAAUCAGCACUCGGAUGGGUCUAUGCCGCUUGGUCGGAUCCAGAAGGAUACUUCGUGGCAGGUCAGUACUUCUGAGACUCAGUUGGUUUAUCAGCCAGUUGAGGAACCAGUUGCUGUCAAGCCAGUACAACCUGCUUGA